AGUUUAUAACCAGUUUAAUUGUAUGUAACUUACGAUUUAUUUACAUAAAAACCCGGAAAUCUAGUACAACGACCUGAAAUGUAUACGCCAUAUUAGUAGUGACGUCAGUUUAAUAUUUUUAACGCAUCUCCUACAUAAAACGCUACUUGGGCUAUGAAAGAAAAACGUCAUAACGAUAUUGCAUGACUAUGCACGAAUAAUGAUAAAAAGGUAUAAACAAUUGUCAAUCAUAAAAGUUCAACACCCUGUAUAAACGAAAGAACGUACAAAUUACUUUUUGAUAUCUAUACGAAUAACGUGUAUGCAUUAAAACGAUAGUUUAUUCAAUUAAAUUAAAUACGUGGCAACGUUGUACACCCAAAAUGUUUUCGUACAAAUCAACAGUUAUGAAAAUUUUCAAUCUGGUAGCAAGUUUUUGUUUUAAUCCUUAGAACGUUAUUUCUGCAGAAUUGAAAACGUUCGUUUUCGUAAACGUGUUCAAUACUUAUUAUUCCAAGUCAAUUUUCCAACGGGAAAAUUUAACUUCCAAAUUAGGUAAUCAAAAAUAAUGGGACUUGUAACAAUUUCUUUGUGUUUUCUUCCUCUUCUCAUUUAAUUAUUCCAAAAAUUAUUUCUAGUAGUAUAAAUGGAUUGCUAGUUACUUAAAUUUCACAUUUUAGGGACAAUCGGUAUAAUUGAACUAAUGAUUCGUUGUAGUUAACUCACUGUAUAAACAAUUACUUACCACAAUCAAGAAAUUCUAUUCCCCUAUAAAUAUUAAUUUAUUUUCCGUAUAAGUCAUAUGACUAGUUUUUAUCAGCGAUUUUGACAUAAUCGUCAUACUGCAAGAGCUAUAAUAUUAUUAAUAAUUAUCUAAUUUUAUUAAAGUGUGUCAUGGAAAACAAAUCUGUUUAUAAAAUAAUGAAAUUAUUUGUCAUUAUUAAUCAAUCAAAAGUUUCAAAACUCGUCUGAAAAUAUUUAAAAUUAUUUAGCAUUCUUUAAAAAUUGAAAAUACCAAUAUCACAUUUGAAUAUACGCGCUGUUUGUGACGUCAGAAACGGUAUAUUCCGAGAGGUUUUCGAUCUUCAUCGGUAAUUCCAGUGUGUGGCGGGCGCAGCCAUAUUGAUAGUACGGAAGGUGUAAAGUAUAAGAAUUUGUGUUGUAGUUCUGUGAAAAUAAAUCUUAAAUCAUCCCAAAAUGUCUGAACGAGAAGAUAAUGUAUACAAGGCAAAAUUAGCUGAACAGGCAGAAAGAUACGAUGAAAUGGUGGAAGCUAUGAAGAAGGUAGCUAAGCUGGAUUUGGAAUUGACAGUAGAAGAAAGGAAUCUCCUUUCGGUAGCUUAUAAAAAUGUAAUUGGAGCUAGAAGAGCAUCGUGGCGUAUAAUAUCUUCUAUAGAACAAAAAGAAGAAGGUAAAGGUACGGAUGAUAAGCUGGAAAUGAUACGUCAAUACCGUUCCCAAGUAGAAAAAGAACUUAGAGACAUUUGCUCAGAUAUACUUAGUGUAUUGGACAAGCACUUGAUACCAGCUGCGUCCUCGGGUGAAUCCAAAGUUUUUUACUAUAAAAUGAAGGGUGAUUAUCACAGAUAUUUAGCCGAAUUUGCAACUGGUACCGAUCGUAAGGACGCUGCCGAACAUUCAUUGGUAGCUUACAAAUCUGCCAGCGAUAUCGCAAUGACAGAAUUACCACCAACGCACCCGAUUCGGCUCGGGCUGGCACUCAAUUUCUCGGUGUUUUACUAUGAGAUACUCAACAGUCCGGAUAGAGCGUGCCGAUUGGCUAAGGCCGCUUUCGACGACGCUAUCGCCGAGCUGGAUACUCUUUCCGAAGAGAGCUAUAAGGAUAGUACGUUAAUUAUGCAACUCUUGAGGGACAACCUCACCCUAUGGACCAGUGAUAUGCAGGGAGACGGUGAGGCAGAACCGAAAGAGCAGCUCCAAGAUGUGGAAGAUCAAGAUGUAUCAUAACUUGGAAACGCUGUUCGAGGCAAAUACAUUGAACUGUUGAGUGCUGUGUAGUGCAGGGCAUUUGCCCGGACAUUGUGAAAGGAGGGCGGGGUAAGCGUACAAAAAAAAACCGGCUUGCCCCUCAACCUUCCUGGUACAUACUGUAUUAUUAUUAUUACUAGCUGUAACAAUAUAUUCUGUAACUGUUUUGUCUCUCCCAAAUGAAUGCGACUGAAUAUGUAUGAAUGUAACGGUACCGUUUUUCCCUGGUCUCGUACGGAUUCUCUAUCCGUAAGGGAAAUAACGUGUAUGUGCUAGAACUUACGCUUUAGGUAUUUAAUGUUGGAAAAACAAAUUUUUUCUUUUUUCUUUUUUUUUUUUGUACUUUUAUUUUACAAUAAAUUUGCUGAGUAUUUUACUGAUGGUAAGAUGAUGAAGAAGAAAGCAGUAUUUGUGUGUGUACCCUCGUUCUACAUUUUCGAGCAGUACAAUGAAAUUUUUGGCAGCCCUGUUUCUUUGUUGUGAUAUUAACGUUUUUGUUACAGUUUUUUUUCUCAAAUUAAACGCGAAUUAAGUUCAUCUCGUUUUGUAUGAUUUUUUACAAUUUUAUCAAUAAAUUUGUUGAUUUGCCUAAAUUUUAAUGGUCUUUGUUGAAAAAUAUUUGAAAGAUCUUUAAUACUAAAGAAUUUUGUACUGGUCUUAUUAUUCAUACUACGCCUUGAGGUAUGGUACUUUUGAACUACUGGUAUCACCAUUUAAAUUUGCCACUUGCGUUUGUUCUUGCAUUUUACAAGACACAAAUUUGGUUUUGUUCCUAAUAACUCAAGUUUUAAGGGAUGGUACAUUUGAACUACUCAUACUGUUUCCACUUGUUUUAUUCUCUACAGUUUAUAAGAUACAAAUUCCCUUUUUUCGAUUAAUUGACGUUUAAGGGGUGGUACAUUUGAACUACUCUUACUGUUUCCACUUGUUUUAUUCUCUACAGUUUAUGGAGAACAAAUUUCCCUUUUCUUUAGAUCAAUUGACGUUUUAAGGGAGGGUAUCACCAUUUCCAUUCGCCAUUUAAGUUUGUUUGAAAUUUUAAAGUUUAAAUCUUGAAGUUUAUGGUGUACAAAAUUUGUUUCUUUUCGAUUUAUCAAUGCAGUACUGAGAAGAAUUUUGAUUUUAAUAACCAAAUGAAGAUUCGUAGAAGCGUAUAUAGGAAAUGGAUCGUUUGAACUACUGAUAUUAUUUAUCAUUACUCUGUUUAUGUCAUAUUUUGAACUUUUCUUAUAUUGUGGACCCCAUGUACGCAGGAAAAAAAAUUUGGAAGUACCAUACUGUUUGAAAAAAUUAAUAGAAACUAUUUCCUUUCAUGUCCCCUACGAAAAUUGUUAUUUUUAAAAUAAUUAUCAAGUAAAAUGGACAAUUUAUAAAAAUUAGUGCUCAAUUUACUUACCCUCAACCAAUUGGAGUUUUUGUUCGGUUUGAGUGCAAAAUAAUUGGAAAUUUGCAUAUUUUCUAGUAUAAUGUCCUAAUUUUUGCUGUUUUAUGAAAACUAAGUUCAAUAUUAAUUCGGAAAACUAUGUAGGGGUAUAAUGGAAUAAAAAUAAACGAUAUUGCCAACAGCUGAUUGAGUAUUUUAACUAUUUCAAUUAGUUCAACUCAUGUUCAAACAACGAAGUUCAUAAAAAUCUAAUAAAUGCACUUUUUGGUAUAAAAUAUUUCCAUAAAAUUCAUAAAUACUGUUUAUAUCCACGUGUGAAGACGUCUCAAGGCUUUGACACUUCCUCCUUGUGAAAUAUCCUCCCCGAAACUUCCAAAUAACAUCCGAUUGGAGAAAAAUAGCCAAAGACACUUUUUGGUAUAAACAGAACAAAACAUCUGCAUAAAACUCGUGGAAACUGUCUGUUAUCACGUGUGGAGACGUCUAAAGGAUUUCCUACUUUUGUCUUCGUGGAAAAUCCUCCAUAAAACUUCCAAUUGGAGAAAAAUGGAUAGAAGCAACUUUUUGUAGAAACUGAAUGAAACAUCGGCUUAAAACUAGUGGAAACUGAUUUUAUUCACAUGUAAAGACACUUUAAUGUUUCAAAUCACAUUUCCCUCAUUAAAUAUACAUUUUUUCAAUCGAAACAAUAUACAGAGCGUUUAAUUGAAAAGAGAAAAUGUUGAAGAAUAAAUUUUAUACAAACGAGGGUAAAAUAUUACCUGUAAAUGAUCUACUGUCUUACCUUCUGACCAAUUUUUAGUAAAUUUACUCUUAGAAAAUGAUCUUUGACAUUGUGCUACUAUCGUAGAGUUAGAAGCAUGGAUACGACUGUUUUUAUUUCCAAAAAGAAAACACGCAUAUAAAAAAUAAUCCGUACAAAUUGCAUUCCGCUCUAUUGCAUUUUUUAUAGGUGUUGAUUUUACUUGUCUACGAGCAAUAAUACCGAUCGCGUACACGUAUGCAGGAUACAUAUAAAAAAUUUUAUUAUAGUCUGUUUGGAAAGUUUCGCUAUUAGAUUUUUUUAUAAAAAUAAAUUCUAUCGAAUAAUUACGUAAGGGUUGCAAUUGAAAGGGGUCGGGUUUGAUUUUUGAUGUACCUUAUGCUGUGGGACAAGUAUUACCGGGAAAUUUCGAAAUAAAUUUACGUUUCCGAAUCACUUAUUUUUGCCAGUACGAUUAAGUUUAAUAUUCGCUGAAUUAAGGCCAUUUCAACAUGAUUUCCUCUCACAAAUUACAUAAAAUUUCUCUUUUUAUGAGAGUCUUUAAUAUCCUCUGAAAAUUAUGCAUAUUUCGCUUAUUUCUUCAUUUUUUUUUUUGACUAAAAUUGCUAUUUCUUUAUUUAUAGCCCUUUACUACUCAAAAGCUCCUGAGACAAAUUUUUUUCUACAAAACUUGCCAAUCAAUUUUUUCCAAUUUCCAAUCAUUUAUCGCUUUAUACUUCAAUUUUUUCCACCAAAAUAUCCAAUUUUUUCACAUACACCCCAAAACAACAUAAUGCCUUUAUUUUUCAACCAAAAUACACAUUUUUCUAUUUUCUCCACCAAAACAGGCAUCGUUUUAUUUGCAACUCGCUAAUCCGUAAUUUUUUCCACCAAAAUUUUCAUUCCUUUUCCAUACACCCCCCAAACAACGUGAUGCCUUCAUUUUUUUCCACCAAAAUAUACAUUUUUCUAUUAUCUCAAAUUUUUCCCUCCAAAAAUAUGCAUUUUCUCAAUCUAAGCCUUCAAUUUUUUCCACCAAAACCAUCAUUUUAUUUUCAUUCCCAAAACUCGCUAGCUCCUAAUUUUUUCCACCAAAAUAACCAAUUUUGUCACAUACACUCCAAAACAACGUGAUGCCUUAAAUUUUUCCACCAAAAUAUACAUUUUUCUAUUAUCCCCUAAAUUUUUUCCACCAAAAAUUAUAAUAAAUUUAUUUAUUUAUUUAUUACUCAAAGAAAAGUAAUUUAUUAAAAUCUUAACGUGCUUUAUCUUGGGAGGACGGUGGGAAAAACAAUAUGUGAUUUCUAGCUAGGGGGGGCAAAAUAAUCGAAAUGAAAUCAUUUUUACAUAAUUAAUUGAUCACCCUUUUUUAUUUAUGUUUGAAGUUAUAUGAAAUUUGAAUUAUUUAAAAUUUUACUCAUAACCUAACAAUUUUUCAGUUAAAAAAAUUGAAAAUUUCAAAACAAAAAACUUCAAUUCAAUUUCUCAAAUAGACUUUGAAGAAAUCAAUUUUCCUUUUAAUUUAAAUACACACCGAUGACAAUUAUGAGAAUCAAUGAUUUAUUUUCACAUUUUUGUUGUAUCCUGUAUAUAUAUAGUCAUAAAUAAUCGACAAUCUAUAUCAGGUUUUGGUGUGACUAUUCGGCGUUUAACAUCACUUGAUAGGUCUUGAGAAAACUGGCAAAAAUUACUUAAUAAUAAUAAUAAUACUUUCCUGAAUUGGUUUUAAUAAAAUUUUUUGUUUCAAGAAUUAUGACACUGCCAUAAUUCUACAAAAAGAAAUCGCAGUAGAAUGCGCUUGGUACUGGUACUUAAAUUAGAUGCUGGUUUUUUGAAGACAAAUCUCCAUUUAUCUAUGUCUCCUCUCUGAAAUUGUACUUGCAUUUUUUAUUAAGCGUAUGAAUGUAAACAAAGCUGUGUAGAUUGAUAUAAAACCAUUUGAUGUA